CUUGAGUAACAAGGUCAACAACCAUAAAUGUUGAAGAAGAACGAAAUUUUGUUGUAUCGUCGAAUAAGUUUCGGACAGUGAUGUGAUUCCAGUUAAAUAAAAUAUAAUGCAGUCAAGUAACCAAUGGUCCAUUUCAAUGUUUUUACCGACAUAAACGUCCAUUUAUCAGCCACUUAUUUUCAACUUAAAUAACAAAUUGGAAGAUGUAAAAUCAAAAAAAAUCAAAAUGUCAGGAUCAACAAACUGUUUCAAUGAAACCCCACCUAACUUAUCAAACACCAAUCAUCUCAUAGCGGAGUCCCAAAACUUUAAGAGUGUUCCAAACGAUGUGAAUGGUGAAUCCAAGCAUGAAAAUAACUUUCUUCCGAAUAACAAUGUUUGUGACAAUAUCGUGUCCUCUGCGUGCGUUAAAGAAGAUGUUUGUGCUAGUGGCAGUGAUGUAAAGAACGAUUUUUAUGCUGAGAUGGAUAUUGGGAAGGAAAGUGAUAAUUAUUCCAUUAAUCCAUCAGAAGACACGAGCUCGCCGAACGAUGCCGCGGACGGCGGCAGCAGCACCACGGACUCGCAGAGCGGCAACGCCGAGUUCGAGCAGCAGCAGCUCCCUCUGCCGGCCGCCGCCGCCGCCUUCGAUCCGUACCGCAUGGAGGACGACGAGGAGCUCGGCGGCGCGUCGGCCAGCAACGGCGCGGUGCGGCGCGGCUCCGGCAAGAAGGGCAGGAAGGUGGGGGGCGGGACGGGCGCGGGCCGCGGCAGGCCCAAGAAGGAGCACGUCGCCAUGUACCAGAGCCAGAUAAGCGGCGACAAGAACGCCAUCAAGAUCAGGAUCAAGAAGAGCGGCUUCACCACCCAAGCACAGACGACACCAAACAAAAAGAAAAGCGGCCGCCGGAAAAAGUUGAAGGUGAAUUCGGACACCGACACUUCAGAUUAUGAGCGAAAAGCUAAAAAAAGCCGAUCCAGCGCAUCUUCGACACCCAGUGGCGGAGGGGACAAUGACGUAUCCAGUACUCAGCAAGAGAACUUCGAGCCCUCGAAACAGAGCCCUUGGGGCGACCAGGUCCCGAUUCCGGUCCUGGAAAAUAUAUUUCGGUUCGCCUGCGGCACUGAAGGUUGCCUACCUACGCUAGUUCGACUGAGCAAAGUGAGCAGGUUGUGGAAAGACGUGGCUCAGAGGCCCAUACUGUGGCGGAAAGCCGAUCUGAACUACGUGAGGGAAAAAGAUCGGACGGAUUUGCGGCUGCAUUGGUUGAUAAUGAACCGACUGUCGCUGUGCCAAGAUCUGAAUCUCGGCGAGUGGAAGGUGCGCGAUAUACAGGCCGUGCUCGAAGCCCUGUCCGAACAUUGCCCGCAUUUGAAAGGCUUGAAUUUGACCGGCUGGAACUGCCUGAAUUCGGAUAAUUUGAAGUUUCUCAGCACGGAGUGCAAGCAGUUGGAGAGGCUGGAUCUUUCUUCAAUAAAUUCGACGUCUGCUAUAAACGCGGUUCCACUGGUGGCCUUAAGUCAAGCAAUGAACACACGCUUGACUCACUUGGUUCUUGCUCACAACAAAAUGGCAGGGUUUACGCAGAUAGUAUCCGCAAUAGCUACCCACUGUCCGAACUUGCAGCUCUUAGAUAUAUCGAACAUACGCACAUUCGCUCACAACACGGCCCUUUUGCACGUGGAAAAAUUGCAGAUCGGAUGUCCCAAGUUGCGUGUGCUACGCAUUACUAAUAGUCAAAUAUGGCUGGCGCCAACAACCUUGUCUGAACAAGUUGCGUCGCCUGGGUUUCCCUGCUUGGAGGAGCUGUCAUUGGCCGGAAAUGACGACAAAACGACAACUUCCCGUUCCAUGGACGACGACGGUAUCGAGAGGCUGUUGAAAAAUAGUACAAAAUUGCGUCUUUUGGACGUUAGAGGGUGCACCAAACUGACCGAUUCAGGGCUUGUCAGAGUGCCGGCUUGGGACCUGGAACAUCUGUUUCUCAGCGCAUGUUAUAUAACAAGAUUGCAAAAUUCUGGUUUGGAAUUGAUCAUCCAGAAAUGGGGCCACAGUUUGUUGGAGGUCGACCUGGCCUGGUCCACGGCUACCAAAUCGCUGGACGCAGCGGUUUUCGCACUUGCAGAAAAAGGUUCCGAAUCUAAACUAAGAACGAUAAAUUUGUGCGGAUCUUCCGUAUCGUUGGAGCCGGUGAAGGCGGUGCUGCUGAAGUGCCCCCGCUUGCAUUCCAUAAACCUGCAGUCGUGCAGGGGGUUACCGCGCGGCAUAAAGCGCCUCUACACUGGCGCGGCGGUGGCCAAGCUCAGAGACAGCCUGCUCGACAAACCAAAGACUGACGCGUCGGCGUCGGCGGGCGCCGAGACGCCGCCGCGCGGCAACGGCGCCGACGCGACGCCUUCCUCUCAGAACGCCAGCGACUAACCGGACAAAACGUCAAACUUACGUGCGUUUUGUCGCGAGGGUUCUUCCGAGGUUUACACUCCACCGCAUAAACGUUUUUAGUGGACUAAGUAACCAAAAGAGCCAAAUUUAAGUUGUG